AUGUCUACCUUUACACAUCUUGUUCGGUUCCUGGCCAAGGAUGGCCAGGUAUAUUAUGGAGAUGCUCUUCUUCCUUCGGGAGUGAGCGACAUUGCCAAAGCCACCAAGGCAAAAGUCAUUCAGGGUGAUAUAUUUGGCCAAUAUCGAAUCACCGACCAAGUGGCAGAAAUCAAGUUGCUCCUUUCGCCUUUGGCUCGUAAGGAUAUUGGAACAGUCCGCUGCCUGGGACUCAACUACGAGCAGCAUGCUAAAGAGUCAAAUAUGCCUAUUCCCAAGUAUCCAAUUUUGUUUUUCAAGCCUGUGACUUCAAUUUCUGCACCGGGGGAUGAUAUUCCUGUUCCUCUGAUUGCCCAGGAAGGUGAGGGCCUGGAUUACGAGUGUGAGUUGGUCAUUGUCAUCGGGAAAGAGGCCAACAACAUCUCCGAAGAUAAUGCCCUGGACUAUGUUUUGGGCUAUGCGGUUGGCAAUGAUGUUUCCCAUCGAGAUUGGCAGAUCAAACGGGGUGGAGGACAGUGGGGAUUGGGCAAGGGCUUUGAUGGAUGGGCGCCCUUUGGCCCUGGAAUUGUUUCUUCCAACGUCAUUGCGGACCCCAAUGCUCUGCAUAUCUCCACCAAGCUAAAUGGGCAGACAGUCCAAUCCUCUUCAACCAAGGACAUGAUCUUUGGUGUAGCGAAGACGGUAGCCUUUUUAUCCCAAGGCACCACGCUCCAGCCGGGGGAUCUCAUCUUUACCGGAACACCACAAGGUGUCGGGAUGGGCCGUAAGCCUGCGCUGUGGUUGAAAGAUGGUGAUCAAGUCGAGGUUUCUCUCGAGGGUGUGGGUUCCUGCAUCAACCGCGUGGUGUUUGAGAAGCCCAGGUCGAAGUUGUAA